AUGAAAAGGAUGCUUACGUCAGAAAAGUUGAACAUGAGCCAAAUAACGCGCAAACAAAGGAGAAAGCCAUUAAGGGAGGGCAGCUGGGCAACGACUUUUGAACGCGACACUACCACCCCCGCUGGAGACCGUUUUUUCCUCCUCGCGACGCCUUGUUCCCUCUAUUUAACGCGGCGGGAUCGGUGGACCCACAAGCGUCCACACAACUUGCGCCGUUUGUACACUGUUUGCCCCGGCGCACUGUUCAUUUCCCCCUUGCUGACCUCCACUCCUCCUCUUUCCAGGCGCGGCCUCCUCCGUCAACACACUCGUUCACACCAAGCCGGCAGCCCUUUAUUCAAGAUCUCGCCAGUCACGUUAUUGCUCCUUGGCCUUUGGACCUCAGCAUCUUUACGUCAUAACAACAACACCAACAACACCAAUACCACCAAUACCGGCACCACCAAUAACACCAAGAAGAGAAAACACGAAUCUGACGACGAAUCCGACAUGGCUUAUCAUCACGCGAAUACAUCUACUAAACAAUUCCUUAUGGCACCAUCGGUACCUUACAGGAGGGUGGCACAGAAGUUGAAUGGGAAUCGGCCAACAGGUAGUUCUGAAGAGUCGGACGUCGAACGUGAGCUCGAGCUUUCUUUCGCGUCCACCAUGUCUAUCAAUUCCCCCGUCCUUGGCCCUGUGGCCUCGACCUUGGAGGAUGACUGUCCUGAAUACGUCCCCAUGGACAUUUCCCCUGCACCACCCCGCGUAGGACAUCCCGUGGUUCAACAAGAGGACUCCCAAACCAAACUCAAGAUUGGUCGUCCAAGAGCACUUACAAGUGCAUCUCGUCUGUUCGGACGCGACAGGAGCAACUCUAAUAGCGGCUCUUCUGUUAACACCUCUGCUAACAAGUCUACUGGUACCACUGGGUCGAACAAGAAGUUGACACGUUCUGCGCUCCCUACCGAAUGGAUGGCCUCCUCGCGUUUCGCGGCGGAGAGUAGCGAGAACUUAUUUGCUCCACCGCCUCUGCAGAUCCCUUCGUCCCCGGCUUCCUCAGACGCGAUGGAUAUCGACACGCCCCCCGUGCACGUUCCCUCGACAUCUGCGCCUGAGUCUCCCGUUCCCGUUUCUGCCGCUCCGACGAUCACUGCGUUCAACUUCGAAACCAGAAUUGAUCCUUCUAGGCCCUUGUCGGCCGCGCCCACCGUUGGGGAGUUCAAGAAUCCCUUCCUCGAAUCCAUGUUCCAGGAUAGCAGCCCCCCAAGGGGACGUAGCUUUGAGGAUACCCCGAGUGGGUUCUCGGUGGACGAAAGUCCUGUGCAGCCCUUCCAGAAGAAGAGACGUUCAGCUUCUCCUGAGCAUGAACCUGUGGAGUUGGGCCUUCAGUUGGCCGAUGACUCUUCUUCGCCUGGUGUUCCCUUCUCAUCUCCGUCGAUGAGCAAGCUCCAGAGGAUGUCCAGCGGUUCGAUGCUGGCACACAUGAAGAAGCCGUUCUUUGGCCAGCUUGCAUUGAAUGCGAACAACAAGAGACCCAGACGACCUGUGGUCAGCGCUAUCGUUGCUCCUGCUGACGCUCCUCAGAUCCAUUCUGGAUAUGGCAAGGAGAGUCGUGAGCAGCCUUUGCCGUCUCGCCAUGUUCUUCCGCCUGUCCGACGAGCAUUCUCCGCCAUGCUUCCUCCUUCUAUGAUGGAUCUUUCUCUCGAAUCUGAUGAUGGAUCCUUUGACCAGGAUGCUGCUGACAUGAGCUCUCCAGCUCAGGCUUACGCUAAGCGCCAGCAAGUGAAGACUAUCCGGAGGUGCGAUGGUACUGACGACUUCAGGCCCUUGACGGGAGCUACUGCACUUGUGCAGCGCGAUAGUGAAGUCAAGAAGGGCUUAAGAAGAACUGAAGAUAGGGCUGAUCGACCUGUCGACAGGGAGACGCCCAGGAGCAAGUACCUUAAUGCGAGCGGCCUUGGUGGCUUUGGAGACAAUGAAGCUCAUGGCAAGAUUCUGCCUUGCCAUCGCGUUAAGGAGGACGGUCUGAUGCGUAUCAGCGUCAAGACUAUGGAUGCUCUCCUCGACGGCGCAUACGAUUCGCAAAUUACAUCUUUCCACGUCAUCGACUGUCGUUUCGAUUACGAGUACAAUGGAGGCCACAUCCCUGGGGCUGUUAACAUCAACACUACCUCUGGUGUUGAAGAGUUCUUACUCAGCGCUACUGUCCACAAGCCCAAACCUUCCACUAGUGGUGACAUGGCCAAGAAGACUGUUCUCGUCUUCCACUGCGAGUUCAGUGCCAAGAGGGCUCCCACAUUUGCAAAGCAUUUGCGUUCAAAGGAUCGUUCCCUUAACAACCAUGUCUACCCCAAGAUCCAUUACCCUGAGGUCUACAUCCUCGAAGGUGGUUACUGCCAGUACUUCAAGGAGUCCGGCAACCGCUGCGAACCUUGCGGCUAUAUCCAGAUGGAUGACCCUCACUACGCCGCCUCGCGCAAGGAGGAUCUCGAUCACUUCCGCAAGGCCAAGUUUGGACGUACCAAAUCUUACGCAUACGGCGAUGGCAAGAUGAGCCUUACUGGUCAGCUUCAGCAGCCCAAGAGGAACAGUGCUCCAUCUGGCGGUGGUGCGCCUGCUUUAUUCGCUGCAGGCAAUGCUGCUCGCAACCGUCGUACCAAUGGUCUACUCCAGACUUUGGAAGAAGAUUCGGACGCCUUGCACAGCGAAGGCGAGGAUACCGAUAUUGGCGAUAGCCCUUGCCCUCCUCCUAACAAGGGAGUUGUGUUCAAAGGUGGAAAGAUCGGACGCGCUCCGCUGACUCGGGCUGAGACUUAUGGUCCCUCUCGCACGAACCUUGGAUAUUGAGAGCUUUCAGCAUCUCAACUGACGCUUUGACGCCUCGCAAGAUUUGAAACGCACUUCCACGCUAUCGCGCACUCGCAAAUAUGACCCUAUGACUAAUGUCUUCGCUUUGAUGCUCGCAUUCCAAUGCAACACUUCGCUCCUCGUGACGCCCUCCGAAAAGCAAGAAAAAACCGAAAUCGUUUAAUCGUAAUCGCCGUAGUUCAAACAUCGAUCUACAAUCAACAUAUCACCACCACCUAUCACCACCCACUUUGCACCAUCGUCACACGCACACACGUAUAUCGCAUUGCAACUCAGUUCUAUUCCAGCACGGCCCACUCCGCGAUCAUGGAUUCGACUGGCGUGUCCUCAUUUUCAUCUCAUUUCUCAGCAAUAUCUGUUCCAUAUCUAUGCAUCAUACGUACGCUCUUGUAGCAGACGUUCACCUCAUCUUUCUCAUCUUUUCCCUCUCAUCAUCUCCUCUGUUUUUCUUUCUCUCUUUGUUUCAUCUGAUGCCCGUUCGCCGGAUUGGUUCGUACUUUCCUUUCGUUCGAUCUUGGAUCUCGCGUUCGGAGUUUUCAUUUUGUUCUUCUUCUUGAUGUUUUCUUUUGUUCUGAUUCUCCCUCAGCCUCGGCCUAAUCAGCUCUUUGCUUUCUUGGACCUCCAAUUCUGUCAUUGCGUCUGUGUUUUUGUUUUUGUUUUUUUCUUUCAUGGACAGACUACACCAACAUCCAUCUGCAUACUAUUUUGCCGAUCGGGUUUCUUCCCUGUCUGAAUAGUCCUUGCAAACAAUAUAUAUAAUCAUUGUCUUCGUCCUUGUC